AUGGACAACCCUGGAGCCAUUGUGGGUCUCAUAAUUGGAUUUACCUUCGUCGUUCUUGCUGUUGUAACGACCACUUACGUAGUUGUUCGUAGAAGGCGCCGAUUGGCUGAUAGAAUGUGGGGUUCAUCUGGAGAGGACAUAAAUAGAACUCUGAAUUUUGGGAAAAGACAACUGCUAGAUGAACCUCAUUCCUUCAGUUCAUGCUACAAUAGUGAAUCUCCUAACAACAAUUUUCGUCAUCUACCAAGUCCAAAUAAAUCAGUUGACAGAGUUGAAUUUGUUUCGCAAACUCCUAACCAUGCUAUCAAAGGACUUGGAAAAUUGCAGUUUUCCGUCACUUACGACAGCGCUCUCGAAGAACUGCGAGUCUCAAUUCUCCGAUGUGUGAAUUUGCCAAAUCUGGAUCCUACUCUAAAUACAAUGGACUCCUAUGUGAAAUUAGAACUUCUUCCUGAGAAAAGGCAUCGAGUCAAAACACGAGUAGUGAGAGGAUCGAGCAAUCCAUUCUUUGGAGAAGCUUUCACGAUGAGCAAGGUCCCUCUUAGUCUACUAAAGACUGGCUCACUGCAUUUCAAAAUUUUGACAUUUGAUCGACAUUCUAGGGACUCAAUAAUUGGUGAAGUCGUCUGUCCUCUUAGUGACCUUGACCUUAAUCUCUCAAAGGAGGUAACAACCACUAGAGAAAUCCUCAAACGAAAAUUCAGCGCAUCUGAUAAGAAUCGUGGACUGCUUCUAAUCAGUCUCUGCUAUUUACCAGCGGCUUCUCGACUAACUGCAGUUGUUCUUAAAGCCGAGGGACUGCCGACAGUUGAUCUUGCCGAAUCGCCAGGUAAUUAG